AUGGCGGCGAAGGAUCUCAAGGUCGACGAACUUCGGGCUGAGCUCACAAAGCGCGGCCUCAGUGCCGCCGGAAUUAAGCCUAUUCUGGUUCGGAGGCUUGAAGCCGCUCUUCAAGACGAGAAACAGAAAUUGGUGGAUUCGAGCUCCAGCCGCAAGAGGCGGAGGGAUUCCGAAAUCACGGAUGCUGAUACGGAGGCGCCUAGGAAAAAGAAGUCCAUUGACGAGCUGCGAGGGAUGAAUUUGAAGCAGCUUCGUGAAGAGGCUUCGAGUAGAGGAGUUUCUGCUGCUGGAAGUAAGAAGGAGCUUCUGGAGAGGCUCUGUGCUGGAGGUGCCAACGAUUUAAGCAACAAUGGCGAAGGUAACUAA